AAAACUUCCCGCAAAGGUUGAGAGAAGUUUCUUCUGUCUCAGAUUACGCCACCAAUGCCCUCUUUAAGAAUUCCCAUUCUCUCACCUCUCACUAUUCGGGUUCGCCCUUUCUCUCUCCUCUCAUUCUCACGAAGAACCUGCAAAAGGAUGUUUUCUUCACUCGACUCUCGAAAUCAAACUAUAACCCCACUUUCAAGCACCAUCGAGCUUUGUGGAAAACCAGUCCAGAUAGUUGCAGGCAAUGGGCUCUCUGAGUCCGAUUUCAGGAAUGCUAUUGAUUCCUUUCUGUUCAAGAAGUGGUUGAGGGAUUUGCAGAGUGAAUCGGGGAUUUUGGCGCUUGGACAUUUCACUCUGAAGCAUGUGUUAAUUCAGGGUGUGGACAUGUUCGGUAGACGUGUCGGCUUUCUUAAGUUCAAAGCUGAGAUUGGGGACGAUUAUUCCGGAAAGAAGGUUCCUGGUAUUGUUUUUGCUCGAGGAGAGGCUGUUGCUAUUUUGGUGCUUUUGGAGUUGGAGGGCACAACUUUUGUUGUCCUUACAGAACAGGAUGUUGAACUGAAAAGGGUCCAGCAACACGGUCUGUGUCACUAUCCAGCAAUGCGCCCUGCCUAUUAUGGAGUCACUGGAUCCACUAGGGCUUUAGAGAUUGUGGGUGUCUUUUACAAUCUUCUUUAG